UCAAGUACGCGUAAAGAAAAUAUUUUGAAAUCUUUUUUAAGAUAAUUAUAGUUAGCAGCGUUGCUUGAAGAAACUUUCGUGAUUUCAACAUACUCUUGUUAGAAAAUUUGCUGACAGAUGUACUUUUUUUAACAUGACGAAUAGGAAGAGAUUUGUUAUUUCGUUGAAGAAUCGUUUUAACAUUAAUGCGUUUCGUGCCAGUUAAGAAAAUAUCUUGGAAGAAGAAAGAUAUUAAUAUCCCAUUUCGGUAACACGAUCAAAAUAUACUUACAGCGUUGACCGCCUUUUUCGAACCUAACGAAAGAAUCUCACGAAUACUAUGAGCCAUCACCUUUAACAAGUCUAUCCGAGGAUUCUCUUUUUCUCUUUUUUUUUUUCCCCCUACCAUCUCGACAUAUACUCAUUUAUUACUUCGAAAAUACUACGUUAUUCUCCUUCAAAAAGUAAAAAGAAAAAUCUACCAAUUCGCAUCAAAUUCCAUAGAAAUCGACGAUUCAUUUUACUCGAUCGUUUUUAAAUCAUCGAAAUUUUUCUUCCUACUUUUUUCCCCUCCCAUAAAGAAAAGAUCAAACGGAAAGAAUAAAAAAAAAAAAAAAACGAAAAAAGGGAGAAGAAAAAAAAAUGGGAAUAAGCUCGUUACUUUUUCGAGAGAAUAUUCAUUCGAGGGAUUUUUUUUUUGCUUGACGUUUCGGUGUCGAUGCACAGAUGCAGUUUAGCAGGACGGGGGUGGUCGAACGAAAAUGGAAAUUUCCAUCGAUCGCGUACGAAAGCGUCUUUCAUCGUCGACGAGAGAGAUGUGUCGCGUGGUUUUGCGGACGCAGCAUUUUCCUCCUUUGUUCUGGCACCAAAGCCGCAGGUCCUACGUGUCGGGCAUCGAAAUUGAGCGCGAUAGAAUUUAAAUUGAUGGAAGAGGAAACUGUACUACGAUGCGGUUAUUCUCCUGCCAUUGCUUUUACUCCUGCUGUUGUUAUUGCUGUUAUCGUUAUCGCUGUCAUUGUCGUUGUCGUUGUCGUUGUCGUUGUCGUUGUCGUUGUCGUUGUCGUUGUCGUUGUCGUUGUCGUUGUCGUUGUCGUGUCGUUGCUACUCUUGUUGAUAUUCACAUCGAUAUACAGAACGUUUUUUAUCGGAUUGUCAUACGUGUAUUUAGCUGUUUGUCUAAAUCCACGUUGAACUAUUUAUUACGAUUUAUGUUUAACCUUUAUUCAGCAUUGUUGCUGUCAUCGUUGUUGUCGUCGUAUGUAUGUAACAGUUGCACAAAUGAUUUAUCGAUUUAAGAUCGAUACUAUACUAACAAAAAAGUCUUGUAUAAUUCCAAUCAAAUAAAAAAUACUCUUCUUCUAUAGUCAACUCCCGUAUUUCCUCCAUUUUCUUCCUUUCAAUUCGCUGAAUUUUUAAAAUGAAAUUUAUUCUAUGGGAAUAGAAACGGAAUGACAAUAAAUUAAUAGCAGAAGAUUCUUUGAAAACAUUGUACGCAUUAUUUUCUUUUUGUCAUACUUCUUACUAGUCGAACGUUUCAAUUGAGGAUCUUCCUUGUACAAAAAUCUUCUUUGUUUAAAUUCAUAAACACAUUUAAUGUUUACGAACAAAAACAGUUCAUUGAAUGUUAUAUAAGAAAUCAUUAAUAUUGAAUAUGUAAAUGAUUCUUCGUAAAAAUGUCUAUAAUUCGAUCGAAGUAUGAAAUUUCUUUGAAAUUGAUUGAGUCGUGUCAGGAAUUGUAAGAUUGGCAAAUGCUUAACGUUGAGGAAGUAUCCGUUAUGGGAAAUCCUUACCACCUCGGUGCGUAUCAAAUAUCUGAGAGACGAGGAAACUGGAUGGCUGGAUACGCGAAGGCGCCUCGGACAAGGUGUCUUAUCUCAUCGCGACCACGGUAUAAAAGAUAGCGUCUUUAAACAGGUAUCUUCAGUAAUUGGCGACUACUAUCGUGAGAACGCGAUUUACUUUGUCGUGGGAAAUGACCAUUAAUAUUUUAUCAGUGAAAUAAUUAUUCACCGCUAGUUUCAUUCAUCAGAAUAUCAAUCUAUCUUCUUUUCUCUCGUUGAAAAUCAUAAGUGCGAGAAUAAAAUAUCUACAAAUUGUCGAUCGGUGACAACUUUUAGUGGAUAUUUUUUUAAAAGAAAAAUAUACAAAUUGUAAACGGUAAAAUUGAAAAGCAAUUAAAGUGAUUUUAAAAAUCGUUAAAACAGGGUAGAUAAAUAUUGUGUUCGCGUAAGUGUGCGAAAGUGAAAUCGGUUGAAGUCGCGAGGGACACUUAUGAAGGGGUUUGACUCUGUACCGAAACUCAGCGUCGAUCAGAUUAAGUAUAUUUGGGACAUCGAUUGGAAACAGUAGCCGAGCCAAGAGUUGUUAACUGAGAAUGCGCAAUGACACAGCGAAUUUAUCAGUGGUCCACGAGCCCAAGGGAGGCACCGCAGACUAUCCAAAUGGAGCCCCCAAAAUCUCAUCGACCAGAAAAAAUCCUCUCGAGGUACACACAACGAGACACGGAGAAGGAUAAAACGGAAACUGAAUACAUGCUACAACAGAAUGGCGAACCAAUUGAAUUCGUGCCACCUCAGACGAAGGAGGAGGAAAAACCAGUUCAGCAGGGGCCAACAUUACCACCGGUGCCUUACUACAGACUGUUCCGAUUUGCUACUUUCAGCGAGUUGAUGUUGAUUUUCGGAGGCCUGGUCAUGGGAACAUUGACAGGUCUCUGUAUCCCGAUUUCUACAAUACAAUACGGUGAAUUCACAACCUUAUUGGUCGACCGUAAUAUGGACAAUCAAACAAGUACUCCGACACUUAUAAUGGAUUGGUUCGGAGGAGGAAAAGUUUUAGGACCGAACGCAACUGAAGAGGAGAAAAUGGACGCUCUCUACGAUGAUUCAGUGGCAUUUGGUGUAUCUUGUGCCGCUUUAUCUACGAUUCAAUUCAUCUUUGCCAUUUUCACCGUCGAUUUAUUAAACAUAGCUGCAUUCAGACAGAUCGCAAGAGUACGCAAGAUGUUCUUGCGCGCUGUACUUAGGCAAGACAUGAGUUGGUACGACACUAACACAUCUACCAAUUUUGCUAGCAGAAUUACCGAAGAUUUGGACAAAAUGAAAGAUGGAAUUGGCGAGAAGCUUGGAAUUUUUACGUAUUUGAUGGUUUCCUUUAUAUCAUCCAUCAUUAUAUCCUUCAUAUACGGUUGGAAAUUGACAUUAGUCGUACUUAGCUGUGCGCCUGUUAUCGUCGUAGCAACUGCUGUAGUAGCUAAGGUCCAAAGCUCCUUAACAGCCCUUGAGUUGGCUGCGUAUGGUCAAGCAGGAAGCGUUGCUGAAGAGGUCCUUGGUGCCAUCAGGACUGUCGUAGCCUUCAAUGGCGAGCAAAAGGAGGUCGACAGAUAUGCCCAGAAGCUUCUACCAGCUGAAAAAACUGGCAUCAGGAGAGGAAUGUGGUCCGGUGUUGGAGGUGGUGUCAUGUGGUUUAUCAUUUAUCUCAGUUACGCUUUAGCUUUUUGGUAUGGCGUUCAAUUGAUUUUGGAGGAUCGUCCGAAAGAAUCUAAAGAAUAUACACCAGCCGUUUUGGUGAUAGUAUUUUUCGGUGUAUUGGCUGGUGCACAAAACAUGGGUCUAACUUCGCCACACUUGGAAGCUUUUGCAGUGGCCAGAGGAUCAGCUGCUGCUGUUUUUCAAGUACUUGAUCGUGUACCUACCAUCGAUAGUUUGAGCAAGGAAGGUCAGAAAUUAAAAUCGGUUAGCGGUGACAUCGAAUUUAAGGAUGUUCAUUUCCGUUAUCCUGCGAGGAAAGAUAUUCAAGUGUUGAAAGGUUUAAAUUUGAAAAUUAAACGGGGAGAAACUGUAGCUUUGGUUGGUGGUUCCGGAUGUGGUAAAUCUACCUGCUUGCAACUCAUUCAAAGACUCUACGAUCCGAUGCAAGGACAAGUCCAGUUAGAUGGGGUCGAUAUAUCGAAGUUAAAUGUUCAAUGGUUGCGUUCGUACAUCGGUCUUGUUGGGCAGGAACCAGUACUUUUUGACACGACAAUACGAGAGAACAUCCGAUACGGAAAUGACAGCGUUACCGAAGAAGAAAUGAUCAAAGCAGCCAAGGAAGCCAACGCUCACGAUUUCAUCAGCAAACUGCCUGAGGGAUACGAUAGUCCUGUUGGAGAACGAGGUUCCCAACUAUCUGGUGGGCAAAAACAAAGGAUUGCAAUAGCUCGUGCUUUGGUCAGACGACCAGCCAUACUUUUACUCGAUGAGGCUACCUCUGCAUUGGAUCUUCACAGUGAAGCAACUGUUCAGAGAGCACUUGAUGCUGCCUCAAAAGGCAGAACGACCGUUAUCGUGACUCACAGACUCUCCACUAUCACUAACGCUAACAGGAUCGUCUUUAUUAAGGAUGGCAAGGUCGUUGAAGAGGGUACACACGAGGAGUUGCUGGCACUUGGCAAACAUUAUCACGGAUUGGUUGCAGCUGAUGCUAGUGCCGCUGCCAAAGCCAAGGCUACGGCAUCCGCGGUGAAAACAGUUACGGCAGCAAAACCCAAACCUCAAAAAGCACCACUAAAGAGACAAUUUUCAACCCUUUCAAUGCACUCUCAUCGCCUAUCGCUAGCAGGUGGAUCCGAUGCUGGGUCUGAUGUUGGUCUGGAAGAACAUGAAAAACCCUAUGAUGCACCGAUGAGUAGGAUACUUGGAUUGAACAAAACGGAAUGGCCCUACAAUUUAAUAGGAUGUUUAGCAGCUGGUACGGUAGGAGCAUCAUUUCCAGCAUUUGCAGUUUUAUUCGGUCAAGUUUAUUACGUAUUGGGUCUUCAGGAUGAAAACGAAGUUAGAGAACAAACGGUCAAUUUCGCGAUACUUUUCAUCAUAGUCGGUGUGGUAACUGGAAUAGGAACCUUUCUACAAAUGUAUAUGUUUGGUUUAUCCGGAGUAAGAAUGACAACGAGGAUUAGAAGGAUGACAUUUGGUGCUAUGUUGCAUCAAGAGAUGGGAUGGUACGAUGACGAACAGAACAGUGUUGGUGCUCUUUGCGCAAGAUUGUCUUCGGAUGCUGGAGCUGUACAAGGUGCUACCGGAAGUAGAAUAGGUGCUAUACUUCAAGCUCUAUCAACUUUGGUUCUUGGAAUUGGAUUGUCCAUGUAUUAUACCUGGAAAAUGACUUUGGUCUCCGUGGUUUCUAUUCCGCUCGUACUCGGUGCUGUAUUUUUUGAAGCUAGGAUCAUGAGCGGACAAGGACUUCAAGAAAAGAAAAAGAUGGAAGCAGCUACCAGAAUUGCUAUAGAAGCGAUCUCGAAUAUCAGAACGGUCGCGAGUUUAGGCAAAGAGACAGCUUUCUUUGAUCGAUAUUGCAUCGAACUUGAUCACGUUGCCCAAGCUACUAGAACGAGAAAUCGAUUGAGAGGAUUGGUCUUUUCCUGCGGUCAGACUACGCCCUACUUUGGUUACGCUUUGAGUCUCUACUACGGUGGUUACUUGGUAGCUAGAGAAGGUCUUAGUUAUCAAGAUGUCAUUAAAGUGUCGGAAGCACUCAUCUUUGGUUCUUGGAUGCUGGGACAGGCAUUGGCAUUCGCUCCGAACUUCAACACUGCCAAAAUAUCUGCUGGUAGGAUCUUCAGAUUGUUAGACAGGGUGCCUGAGAUCUCUUCGCCUCCUGGCUCUGAAGGAAAAGACUUGGAUUGGAAGGCAGAUGGGCUGAUACAAUUUUCAAAAGUAGAAUUCCAGUAUCCAACACGCUCGGAGAUGCAGAUUCUUCGUGGUUUGAAUUUAAUAGUAAAGCCGGGUCAAAUGGUCGCUCUGGUUGGUCAAAGUGGCUGCGGAAAAUCAACUUGCAUUCAGUUACUGCAACGUUUGUACGAUCCAAUAUCUGGAACAGUUACCAUGGACCGUCGUGACAUCUCCUCGGUUUCAUUGGCUUCGUUAAGAUCCCAACUUGGUGUUGUUGGUCAAGAACCUGUUCUCUUUGAUAGAACUAUUGCAGAGAAUAUCGCCUACGGUGACAAUUCCCGACGAGUAACCAUGGAUGAGAUCAUCGAGGCAGCUAAAAAAUCGAAUAUUCAUAGCUUCGUCAGUUCCUUACCUCUGGGUUACGAUACGAGACUAGGAUCAAAGGGUACGCAGCUUUCAGGAGGUCAGAAACAGCGCAUAGCUAUCGCGCGUGCUUUGGUAAGGAACCCACGGGUCUUGCUCUUAGACGAGGCAACCUCAGCCCUCGACACUCAAAGUGAAAAGGUGGUACAAGCAGCACUUGACAAAGCGAUGGAGGGUAGAACUUGUAUCACCAUAGCUCAUCGUCUUGCUACUGUAAGAAAUGCUGAUGUAAUAUGUGUCCUUGAAAAAGGCACCGUGGCAGAAAUGGGUACUCACGAUGAUUUAAUCGCAUCAGAUGGCCUUUACGCUCACCUACACAAUUUACAAGAAUCCGCCAUGGAAUAGGAGUUUUUUAUUUCUUUUUUCUUUCUUUUUCUGUAGCAAAAGAUAUUUCAUUUCCUUUCUUUUUCCUAUUUGAUUUUCCAUGUUUUCAAAUUAAACAACCCAUUCCUUAAUCUUUCGUAUAUACAUACACUCUUUUAAACACACGAACAUUCUCAUUUCGAGCGUUUAGAUCGAUGAUCGAAGGAGCUCAACGCGAUAAAGUCAUCGAUUCGCGAAAAUAAAUUCUUUUUUUCUUGCCGUAAAUUUUCAAACUUAAAACAAAUCAAUCAAAAUUUUAUUUGAAUUUU